AUGUCUGGUGGUGGCGCUGGAGCUUCUGACCGUGGCUCGCCGAUGCCGAGGGAGACUGCCGGAGCACCUAGUAGGCCGCCGUUGAAGCGUCAUCUUGCGUUUGUCUCGACGAAGCCACCAUUUGCACCGUUGGAUGAGUAUCACAGUUUUGCCGCCGUCGAUUCUAGGAAAGUCGCCGAUCAAGUGACUGAAGCAGUUGUUAUCAGAUCUCCGGUCAUAAAGAGGAAGAAUGGAAUGAAUGAAAGUGAAGGAGAAUCACAAAAGUGGACUAACAGCCCUGGAUACACUAAUGUAAUCAAUAGCCCCUUUAAAACUCCGUUAUCUGCAAAAGAUGGAAGGACAAACAAGUCAAGGGUUUCCAAAGAAGGCAGAUCAUGUCCUCCAACACCCAUCUCUAAUGCUGGCUCCCCUUCCCCUCUUACCCCUGCUGGUAGCUGUCGUUAUGACAGUUCCUUAGGUCUCUUGACAAAAAAGUUCAUCAAUUUGAUCAAGCGUGCAGAGGAUGGCAUUCUUGACCUAAAUAAAGCAGCAGAAACUUUGGAGGUGCAAAAGAGGAGGAUAUAUGACAUAACUAAUGUUUUGGAAGGCAUUGGUCUCAUCGAAAAGAAUCUCAAGAACAGAAUACAUUGGAAAGGAAUCGAAUCUUCUACGCCUGGUAAUAUGGAUGGUGAUAUCUCUAUGCUUAAGUCAGAAGUUGAAAAGCUUUCUUUGGAAGAGCAGAGUCUUGAUGAUCAAAUAAGGGAAAUGCAAGAAAGGCUGAGAAGUUUGAGCGAAGAUGAAAAUAAUCAGAAGUUCCUUUUUGUGACCGAGGAAGACAUUAAGGGCCUGCCUUGCUUCCAGCAGAAUGAAACUUUGAUAGCAAUCAAAGCUCCACAUGGAACCACCUUGGAAGUCCCUGAUCCUGAGGAAGCCGUUGACUAUCUACAGAGGAGAUAUAGAAUCAUUCUUAGGAGCACAAUGGGUCCCAUCGAUGUCUACCUUAUCAGUCAAUUUGAAGAGAAAUUUGAAGAGAUUAAUAAUGGUGCUGAGCCCCCCAUGAGCUUACCUCUUGCUUCAAGUUCAGGGUCUAAUGAGCAACAAGUGACGGAAAUGGCUCCUGCUGAAUGCAGUGGUAACGGACUUGAACCUCAAGCUCUCCUCUCUUCCCAGACAUACUCUGAACUCAAUGUUUCCCAAGAGUUUGCUGGGGGCAUGAUGAAGAUUGUCCCUUCAGAUGCCGAUAAUGAUGCUGAUUAUUGGCUUCUAUCAGAUGCUGAAGUUAGCAUAACAGAUAUGUGGAGAACAGAUUCUAAUGUUGAUUGGAGUGGAGUGGACAUGCUUCAUCCUGAUUUUGAAAUGAUCUCGAGGCCACAAACUCCAUCACCUGGACUUGCAGAAGCACCACCAACCGUAGCUAACCCUAAUCAGAGGUGA